AUGCUGGUAUCAUCGCCUGGGUAUGCAGUGCUGGAUUCUGGAUGUGGGAAGACAAUAGUGGGUGCCAACACCUUGCAGUCUUUUCGAGAAAUCUGGACCAAGGCUGGUGUUUCUCAGCCCACUGCCCGGGUCAAGGAGAACGUGUUCCGCUAUGGACAUGGUGCCUGUGAAAAAUCCAAUGAGGUGAUCGAGAUGCCAAUUCGUCUCGCUGACAAACGUGGGAUCGUCCAAGCCGCAGUGAUUCAGGGUGAUGCUCCGUUGCUUUUGUCGCGCCCGGCAAUGAAGAAGCUUGGUGCUGAGAUGAAUUUCCACACUGAUGAGCUCAAACUGUUCCAAGGCAGCACCACCGUGCCGAUGAGUUUGAACUCAGCUGGACAAUACAUCAUCUCCGUGUCUGACUUUGAGCCCAAGGAGAAUCCAGUCUGUAGCUCCGAGCUGGUGCAUAGUGAUCCUGCGCCGACUCCUGCCUACGACAUGAUGCCUGUUGAUGACGCAGCCGUGCCCCCUCCGCCACCGGAGGUGAGUAUAAUCGGUAGGAAGGGUAAAUCUAAGGAUUACUGGGUAGUUAACUAUGCCAAGGGGGAAGUAACCCGUAAGCAUGUUAGGCCACGUUCUGAACGAUUCACCCCUUGCAAUACCAAUUGCCCAGUCAACCCUGCCGAGUUAUCGGCCAGCCGCCUCACAUGUUGGAAACCAGUAGAUGCAGAUGUCUCUCAUCAGCAGUUGCAAGAUGAAUGGACCAAUCCAACCACGGCUCAUGCUGCAAUUUCCGAAGUGCCUCACCAAUAUUGGGUGGGUGAAACAGUGUUCAGCUUUUGCUCCUCCAGCUUGCCCGUGCCAGGUACAAGCGAUUCUGAUGAGGUGCUGAUGACCCAAUGGACUGCCAAGCAAUCCCGGCAACUUGCACAGCAAAUCAAGAAACUAGAUGAGUUGCCCAAGUCAUCAGAACGGUACAAUGUUAUUGAAGUAUUUUCUCCACCUCGCCUGGCACACCAAACAGCCGUACGAGGACAAACCUGUUUGUCAGCUGAUUUGCUUACUGGUUGGGAUUUCCGGAAAGUGGAACAUCGACGGGCCAUGAGAGAGCUUGUCAAGAAUACUCCACCUGAUCUUUUGUUGUGUUGUCCCCCAUGCACUUGGUCUGGUGGUUGGUUUCAUCUGAACAAGCUUUUCAUGGAUCCCAUGGAAGUCCGAGAGAAACAAUUGCUCUCCACCUUGUUUAUCAAUUUUUGUUGUGAAUUGAUUGAACUGCAGUUAGAGGCGGGUGGUAGAGCUGUGUUGGAACAUCCCAAGCCGUCCAUGAUUUGGAAAUUGCCUAGAGUGCAGCGCCUGGCUGCACGCAUGCAUGUGGUAGACUGUGACAUGUGUAGGUUUGGACUCCGUAUUCCUCAUGGUGACCUAAUCAAGAAGGCAACGAAGUUGUUGGUGUCACAUGUUGACAUGAAAAAGCAACUAGGACUGAAGUGCCAUGACCUGCCGUCACAUCGUCACCAUGUCCAUCAAACCGUUGCUGGACAUCAUGCCCAGGUCGGCAGUGUGAGCCGAUAUGCCGGCCAAUAUCCGCCACGUUUUGUCAAGGCGGUGUUGGAUAGUGUGCCCUGCUUGCGAAGUCAAGCAGUGUUGUCCGUAGCAUGCCACCGACCGGUGGAGUGUCUCAUGGCAGCCAGGGUUCGGGAACUGAACGAUGAAGAUGUUGCCAAGGUGAAGGAUAGUCUACAUAAGUUGCACGUCAACCUGGGCCAUCCAGGAAACCAGCAUCUUGUUCGAAUCCUGAAGCAUGGAGGCGAUUAUCCCACCGAAGCGUUUGAGUCCGUAGCACAACCAUCCAUCUCUGCACCUGCUGAGCCCCAUGGAGCCUUGUCCUUGGCUGACCGCCGAGACGCUGAGCCUGCUGCUCCUAUGUUGGACAGAAGUCCUAUAGCCGAGAAUGCUGAGCCACCACCAACCGUUGGUGGAAAUUCGAGUACUGAGCCUGCGCCCUCAGCUUCCUCAGCGCCAUCUGCUGUAGAAGAUACAGCCAUGACAUCUCCUAGAUCUCAUAGUGUGAAGCGAGCAGCCAGCCCAACUCCAGCCGAUGAUCAGGUUCAUGCCCAGGAGAUUCCCCAUGUUAAUCAAGAGCCCGAGCAGCAACGAAAGAUCGAUGAGGCCAAAUUGGCAGAAUGGCAUGUGAUCGAAGGUAAGUGUGGAGGUCGACUAGUCCAUGGUGCUGCUCUUACGGGUGCAUUGCAAAGUCCCACCUUAUCUCAGAUCAGUCGCAGUGUGCUGUUUCAAACCAUAGCUUCACGAAAGUGGACUUUGGCUCUUGGUGAUGUCAAGGGCGCCUUCCUGUCUGCCGGACCCUUGCCUGAAAGGUAUCGUCCUUUGUUUGCACGACUGCCCCCUGGGGGCAUCCCUGGUGUGCCAUCCGACACCUUGAUCGAAGUGACAGGCAUGGCAGCAGUGGGAAAAUAUCAGAUCAGUCCCGAGCAAGAUGUGUUGGAAUGGAGAGCAAACGAACGCCAGAGACGAAAGGAAAUCGCCGAGAAACGACUGUUCCUGUGCAGCCACGCUCAAGAUCAGCAACGCUGUAAUAGCCUGCCGCUGUCUCUCUUAGUCAUGUCAUCGCCGCCUCGCCCAGUCUUGAAAUGGACUGAUGAGGACCAGCAGCUGUGCCUUAGCCUGAUGUACAAAGCCCGCGACUGUGGCAUGCUUGCAACGCUGAUGAAGCGAGUGAUGGAACCUGACUGUGGUUGGGAUGUCAUUCCCAUGAAAGAUGCCGGCGGUGCCAUGAAUGACGCUUCCAAGCGCCAGCGUGAGGAAGAGACUUUGACGUCUUACUCCAAGAUGGGCUAUGGUCUUCCAAUGCCGCUACCAUCGGCUGCUACAGCCAUGACGGAAGUGCCCAAGUUGCCCGCUGGUGUGUCAUCCAUGGAUGAUUGGGGACGCAACCUGAUUACCUUCGGAAAGUUCAAGGGGAAACGAUCCUAUGCCUCCUUGCGCACCUCUGUUGGCAAAGAAGAUGUAGAGUACAAGAAGUGGUUGCAGGCUCACUACACCAAUGGUUCACCACAGCUUCGUGACUUGGUGGAAUAUCUCAUUGCGAUGAAGGAUCGCACAAUGGUCGCAGCUGGGGAUUCUCAGGGUGUUAUGAUCCCUGGCACCGAUGUUCCGCGUCGCUAUGCACCAUAG